AUGGCCGUGGUGGUGAUGGCGGCCGAGAGGGCUGAGGCUGCACUGCAGGUGGGGCGCAGGCCGUGGAGUUGGAGCGGUGGGCGUGGCGGCGGGCGCUGUGGGCCACAGUGUCCAGGCGGUGGCGGAGGCGCGUCGUUAAUGGGCGGGCGAAGGCGCUUGGUCAGGGCUCUCGGUGAUCUACGAGAGUUGAGGGUGCUCGCAGUUACAUGCUCCUUUCACCUGUCCACUGACAGAGACUACUAUGAAGCGUUCCUGUCAUCCAUCGGCAGGUGGAAAAACCUCGAGUCCCUGACCAUUCACUGUGGACUCGGCUGCGCCAUGGAGUUCCUGGGCUUCCUUGAAGAGUAUGAUGCGCUUAGGAGGCUUGAGAAGUUCAAGGUGACAGCAGGAAGAUUUGCAUGUGUUCCACAGUGGAUCAAUGGGCUCUUGUUUUAUCUAUCUUUCGUGCAAAUCACCAUCUGUAACAAUCAAGUGACCUAUGAUCUGCAUAAACUCGGAGACUUGCCCGAGUUGCAGUGCCUAAUACUAGGUUUGGACUUCAUUCCUGAACAUGCCAUAGUGAUUGAAAACAAAGGAUUCCGUGAGCUUCAGAGAUUCUCGGUCGACGGCCCAAUGCCAUGGCUCACUUUCGAGGCAGGAGCUAUGCCGAAGCUCACAUACCUCCAACUAAAGUUCUGUUCGACCCCAGCUAGGCAGAUCUGUGUUCCUUCAGGUAUUAGCAACCUCCACAGGCUUACAGAGAUUGCCCUGUGCUACAACGCACACUACCUCAACAGCCCCAGCGUAAAGAUGACAGUGGAGGCAGUGACCAAACAAGUUGCCGAGCAUCGCAACCCGAUCAACCUCUUCAUCAACGGCAUUGAACAAGAUGAUGUUCAAGAAGCUGAUGAUGAGGUGACAGAAAUUACAAUUGGGACUUCGAGCAGAACCAAUGCUGGAGCUGAAGAUGAUGCUCAAGAAGUUGGUGAGAAGGCUGCCGCAGCGAUUCAAUGUGAGAUUACAGAAGCUGAAAGUUGA